AUGACUAUCACACCCGAUACCUCGACCGGGUAUGUCCACAACCUCACGUCCGCCCAGGACGCGAAGCUGCGAGAAUUGUGGAUUAUGCUUUUCACCUCAAUCUCCUCUGUGUUGUCGGCGGUAUAUGAAGUCCCUCUUCCCAAGGGCCCACCCAGCAAGCUAUUCGGGGCUUUCGAAAGAGUGAAGGAACCCACAGUGGAUGCAAUUCUUAGUGCACUCAAGGGAGAAGACGAUAAAGAUGCCCACAAGUUAAACGGUACCAAUGGCACAAAUUAUACCAGCGCAACUGAUGAGACCAAUGGCGAUAACAAAGAGCAAAAGUCACUCGACAAGGUAGACGAGCUCAUGAACGAUGACGCCCAGAAAAAUAUCAAGACCGAAAUGGCCACCCGAAAGGUCUCGCCUGAGCAUUUCUCCGUUGUCUUCGAUCAACUGCGGAAAUCCGGUGUCAGUGAAUCCGAAAUCAACUCAAUGGAGCAAAUCCUGUCCAAGAUGACGCCUCAGGAUAUGUGCUUCGCCAUUCUGAAAAUGGCCAAGCAGGAACACCCCGACAGCUUGCUGCUACGCUUCCUACGCGCCAGGAAAUGGGAUGUCGGAAAGGCAUUCUCCAUGCUGGCCACAAAUAUUCUCUGGAGGAAACAGAUGGAGGUCGAUGAUGAUAUCUUGCCCAAGGGAGAGCUGCAUGCCCUCGAGCAAUCCCGCAAUGACAAGCUCUCUGCCAAAGAGAAGAAAGAGGGCCACGACUUUAUCCAUCAACUAAAGACAGGCAAGAGUUUCCUACAUGGGUUUGAUAGACAGGGACGACCAGUCAAUUACGUACGAGUCAAGAUCCACAAGCCUGGAGCUCAAAGUGAGGAGACUCUUGAACGAUACAUUGUUCAUGUCAUCGAGUCAACUCGAUUGAUCGUGGUUCCUCCAAUCGAGACAGGUACAAUUGUCUUCGAUAUGACCGGAUUUGGCUUGUCAAACAUGGAAUACCAACCAGUGAAGUUUAUCAUCAAAUGCUUCGAAGCCAACUACCCGGAGUCGCUUGGACAGUUGUUAAUUCAUAACGCACCCUGGAUCUUCUCAGGUAUCUGGAAGCUCAUCCACGGCUGGAUGGACCCUGUCGUGGCUUCGAAAGUACACUUCACCAAAUCCGUCAGCGACCUAGACAAGUACAUCUCCCGCAACCAGAUCCCCAAAGAGCUCCGCGGAGACGAGAACUGGGAGUACGAGUACAUCGAGCCCAAGUGCAAUGAGAACGAGGUCAUGAAAGAUACCGAAAAAGGCGAUGCCAUCAUGUACGAGCGUUUGAUGAUUGGCAUCAAGAUGCUCGCCGCUACAGCUGCAUGGAUCUCCGCUACCACAUAUGCGGAUUAUAAAGAGGAUACUGGUAAUAUCGAAGAGAUCAAGUCUCGACGAAACACGAUUAUCGAGGACUUCCGACAGAACUACUGGAAGCUGGACCCUUAUAUUCGGGCGCGGGCGCUCAUUGAUCGGUCCGGUGUUCUUGAAGCCGGCGGCAAAGUGAAGGUGACCCCGGAGGGAGCCAAAACAAAUGGCUCCAAGUAA